AUGGGUAUAUUCGGUAAAUCGCCUGCGCUCGAUCCCAAAGAACAAGUAAAACAAUGGACAUCAACCAUACGCAAAGAAUCCUACAAACUUGAUCGGCAGGUUCGAGCCAUUCAGAGAGAAGAGGAAAAGGUCAAACGCUCCAUGAAAGAUGCAGCGAAAAAAGGCAACAAGGAUGUUUGUAUCAUUCUUGCCAAAGAAAUACUGCGGUCGCGAAAGACCAUCAAUAAAUUGAUUACAUCGAAGACUCAUUUGAAUUCCAUACAGAUGCAAAUGAAAAAUCAACUGUCAAUUCUGAGGAUGGCCGGUUCAUUGCAGAAGUCUACUGAAGUGAUGCAAACGAUGCAUAAUUUGAUCAAAGUACCUGAGGUUGCAGCUACUAUGAGAGACUUGUCUAAGGAAAUGAUGAAGGCUGGAAUUAUUGAAGAAAUGUUGGAUGAUACAAUGGAAAACGUAAUGGAUGAUCCUGAAGAUAUGGAAGAAGAAGCACAAUCAGAAAUCGAUAAAGUUCUAUGGGAGAUCACAGCUGGAGCACUAGGUCAAGCUCCAAUGGCAGUUACUGAAACACCAGGUGGAACUGUACAGCCGGAAACAGAAACUAUUGAAGAAGAUGAUGACUUAGAAGAAAUGAAAAAUCGCUUACAGGCGUUAAAAAGUUAAGUGAAGACAAAACAAAAAUUAUAAAUAUAUCAUUUAUAAUUUACUUUAAUAAAAUUAAAUACCAAUUAUAAAUUGUAAAUGUUACUUAUAGAAAAUUUAACUAUUAAUUUUACUAGCAACAUUUCAACAUUUUCUAAUUUGAAAGUAAGUCAAUUGUUUUGUUUAAGUUGCAUAUUUCGAAGUUUUAUAUGUACUAACAAGCAUAACUUCAUAAUUUAAUUUAAAUUUAAUAAAGAAGUAG